CAUUUGACUGCGACACCAGCAGCUCGGCGCCGACUCCACCGCAGCAGCAGACAUGGCUAAAAGCGAUGUAACGAACUACUUCAGGAGAUCCAGUGUGUUUUGGAUGAGCGUUGUUACAGUGUCUAUGGGCUUUUUCACCUGCACCGUGUACGCUCCAGAGGUGAUCCCCUACGAUAAACUGGGCCCAUUUGGCACUUUCACCAAAUACCUGGUGGAUAACCACGCUGAUAUCCUGUACAAAGGAUGGUGGGCUGCCUUUGCGAUCCACGUCUUUGAGGCAGUGUAUUCACAGAAGGUUUGCAGUGACAAAGGGAUCCACGGCCUGACCGCUCGCCUGCUUUGGUUCGGUCAGACCUUCCUGUUUGGAUUCGCGUCUCUCGGCAUCCUCCUCAAGUUUGACCCCAAACGCCCCAAACACCACUGACUCCCCCAGACAGCGCCCCCUACACAAUAACACACAAACUACACAAUAACACACAAACUACACAAUAACACACAAAACACACAAACGACACAAUAACACACAAACUACACAAUAACACACAAACUACACAAUAACACACAAACUACACAAUAACACACAAACUACACAAUAACAGACAAACUACACAAUAACAGACAAACUACACAAUAACACACAAACGACACAAUAACACACAAACGACACAAUAACACACAAACGACACAAUAACACACAAACGACACAAUAACACACAAACUACACAAACCAGGAACAAUCACCUCUGCCUUACACACUAACACAAAAAACUCUUUAACUUUUCUAAUAACGUUUCAGCAGAUUUCAUUCCAAGUAUUUUUCUUACAAUUAUUUUUAAAUACUGUUAAUAUAUUUGAAGGAAUUUAUUGCUUAUGUUAUGAUCAGUAGUUGUGACUGAUGUUAAUAUGCAACGGUUUUCAGUUUACACGACAGGCGAUGGGUUUGGGAACGCGGUGCUUUUUUUAUGUAAGAAAUGAAUUUAUGAAAGUGUUUUGAUUUCAUUGGAGUGGAUACUGGGUGAAGUGAAAAUAAAACUUUAAACUUACACUGAAA